AUGUCACACGUGAGCGCUCGAUGGGUCCCUAGACUACUCACAGUGGAAGAAAAGGAUGUUCGAGUCAGAGAAUCAAGGACGUUCGUUCGAAAAGUUGGAAGGGAUCCGUCCUACCUCUCGCGAAUUAUAACAACAGACGAGACUUGGGUCCACUACUUUGAACCAGACAGUAAACAGGCAUCAAUGGUUUGGAAGCACGCCGACAGUCCACCUCCUAAAAAGGCGAAGGCAGUAAAGUCGAUGGGAAAGACGGUACGCCGCAAUCACAUGCAUGCCUUACGGAAGAAGCGCCCAGACAUGGCAGCUCAGAUUGAAAACGUAGUAUUGCACCAGGACAACGCCCCAAGCCAUACCGCUACGAACACACAAUUAGACAUCGAAGUGUUAGGGUUGCAGCAAGCUAUCCUUCCACCAUAUUCCCCCGAUCUUGCCCCAUUGGAUUUUCCACAGUUGAAGACAUUUUUGCGAGGAACACGAUUUAAUGAUAGAACUGAGAUUAGCCAUGCGAUACAAACAUUCAAUCGCACAUUAGACCGUGAUUGGUUCAUGAACGUUUAUGAGAACUGGGCAAGAAGCCACAAUAAGUGUAUCGCACAUCAGGCUGAAUACUUUGAGAAGGCAUAA